UAGCGGGGUGGGGCCCCUCUGAUGCGCAUCAGAAAGCCGAUCCAGACCGCGAAUGCAAUGGGCUCCUCACAGCAAAUUCAGUCUAUUACAGUUUAAAUUAUAGUAGCUGUGUAGAACUAGUAGCCUACAACGGACUUUCCUCAUUUGUAUUAUAAGGCUCUUCAAUUUCUUACCAUCCAGCAAGCAUCGUAGGAUUUCUGAAAAAUAGAGACAUAGGUAGACACGUACAUUUUUCUGACUGGACAGAAUUUGAGUGUGCGCAGGGAGCAUCAUUUUCCCGUCUCUGGUCCGUGAGUAGGACGUUCAUCCAGGCCUCUCUCAUCAGUAGCUUAAAACUUUGAUUCAGAUUUUAAGUGCAUAGGUUAUUAUAUAUCCAUCGUUGAUUAUGGCCUGGCCGUGCAUCACACGGGCUUGCUGCAUUAACCGCUUCUGGAGUGAGUUAGACAAAGCGGACAUCGCUGUGCCUUUGGUUUUCACGAAAUAUUCGGAUGUGGCUGAGGUGCAGCAUCUCCACCCUCAGCCACCAUCUAGACAGACGAGGACCGGCCCCAUCACCAUAGAAACCCAGCCUUCUCACAGUGAACAGGAGGCGGCGGCGGUAAAGGCACCGCCCGCGACUGGUGCCGCAUCAGGAAAACAUGGCUGUAGUGCGUCUGUGAUGCGCCAGGAUUUCAGGGAAUGGAAAGAUAUACGCCCGGAGCCCAGCUGCAAACCCAAGAAUGAAUAUCACCCCUCCGCGACACCUUUCCACAACGUAACACAGUAUCAGAAGGAUUAUAAACCAUGGCCUGUCCCGAAAAAGGGAGACCACCCCUGGAUCCCCAAACCCAGCCCAACUGCCUCCUUCGAUGCCCAAGAACGGGGCGUGGGGACCACAACGAAGCAUGCAACUACAGAGCACGAGAGCGGUGUGGAGAAGAGUGAAAUUGAAGAAAAGGUGCAAGAGAAAGUAUCCAAAGAGAGGAAAAAGAAACCAGUGAAGAAGGAGAAAACUGUAGAAAAGAAAGUGAGUGCCAAAAUGGAGGGACAGCCACCGGCAGAUGUCACUGUGGAGGGGAAAGGAAGGGCAGCAGCAGACGCGCUGAACAGACAGAUAAAACAUGUCGUCUCAACUGGCACUGGCAGCUCUUAUAGAAAUGAGUUCAAGGCGUACAAAGAUGUGAAGCCAGUGAAGUCAACCAAGCCCCAGUCUCAGUACAAACCUCCUACGGAUGACAAGGACAAGUCCAGCCUGGAGACCAGCUACAGCGCCACCUACAAGGGAGAGCAGGCUAAGGUGCAGCCCACUGACAACAAGUUGCUGGAGCGCAGGAGAAUACGCAGCCUGUACAAUGAGCCGGGUGGCAAGGAGACCACCAAGGUAGACAAGACAAAAACCAAACCAAAAAAGACAACGACAACGAGCAAAAUGGUGAAAAAGGUGAAAGAGAAGACCAUCGCUGGUGCACUGUCAACCAAGAAGAAAACCUCCACGAGCACCAAGCCAGACGAGUCCAAGCUAGAGGGAGGCGUUAUUUCAAAAAAGAGCAAAGAGAUAAGCAACAGACUGGCUGAGGCAAAAAAGUAAAAACAAAUAAUCUCUGCACAACUUUACUUAGGGAAUUAAAGGCUGCCUAAUGAAUUAGAGGACUCUCAUCCAUUUGGUCUAUCUCUUUCUCUCUGUAUUUUCCUUCAUGUUCCUCAUCUCUAUGUAUACACACUAGAUGUGGAGCUUUUAAGUUGACAUUUUGAUGUUUUCACCAUGCUGUCAUUUAACUAUAGUGCUUUGUGCGUGUCUGUGUGAUCGGGGGUGUGUGUGUGUGAGUGUGCACUUACUCUCUCCGUUAUAAGUUCAGCACAUAUUUUGCACAUUAUUUUGUUGCAUUUGUCAAUCUUUUGUAGAAAGAAAACCAUGGUAAAACAGAGAGUCAUUGAUACACAGUACAUGUAGAGAACCGUUAUUGGCUCUUAAAUGGCUAUUGAAGGCAGUGAGGUUUUGAUUAUUUUUCUGACUAUAUCCCCAUAGUGAUAGUCUCUGUUCUUAUUUUCCAUCUCUUAGGCUGCAUUGACUAUCUGGUCUCUGCAGAUAUAAAAUCUUAAUUACUGUAGCGUUUCCUGGUUACAGUGACUCCACUCUUUGAACCUAGAUUUCAUUUAAUUAUUCAGGAAGAUAUCUGGUUUCAUCAAUUUGGUUGCUAAGGAACCAGCUGAACUGUAAUGUCAUUUCUACAGCUUGCAUGCAAGGCCCUCUUUCUGGUUGUAUAGUCGCAUUCAAAUAUCCUAUUCCCAUGGUCACAAUCUAGUUUGUAAUUUAAAUCAUUCAUGAGAAAUCAAAGGGGGCAAACCAUUUCCAGAAUAACUGCAUGUGUAGUGAUAGUCUGAUCUCAUACCAUAAGUGUCUACACAAACAAACAACAAAACUGUCACUGACUUCUGUAGCUCAGUUGGUAGAGCAUGGCGCUUGUAACGCCAGGGUAGUGGGUUCGAUCCCCGGGACCACCCAUACGUAGAAUGUAUGCACACAUGACUGUAAGUCGCUUUGGAUAAAAGCGUCUGCUAAAUGGCAUAUAUUAUUAUUAUUAUUACUUACAGUACAAAAGAUGCACAUAGUAUUCUAGUGCCUAUUGAAGCUGUUAUGUCAACCCACCAGCUUUGUAGUUCUGCCUUCACACACAUGGUUCUACUGCCUUCUUCAAUGUGAGAACCACUUUGUCAACUUUCCAGUUAUUUGAUAGAGUAUGAAAACGGAUGUAUUUCUGAUAAUACACCCCUCUUUAAUUAUAUGUCGUUAUUUUAUCCAUUACAAAGCUGUGAUGCUAUUUGUGUGCAAAACCAUGUAUAAUGUUAAAAAUGAGCAUAUGUAUGAUAUAGGAAAUAGGAUUUUGUAUUUACUCAAUCACCUCCACUUUCUUCAAUGGGCUCAGUAGUUACGUGUAAAAAGAUAAGGAGUGGGCCAGGAUUAGAAGAUCAAAAUCACUUUUUGGAACCUGCCUGUCUGGAACCAUUGAUAUCAGAUCAAUUCACAGUGAAUGUGAGUGCUACUCUCACCCUGUCUCUCUUAUGUACCUGCAGUCCGCCAGUGUGUUGCAGUAUGUGGCAGUCCUCCUCCCAUAUGCUGUUGUGCAUCUGCUACUGUCUAUUGUAUCCCAGACCACCCUGCUCUCUGCUGCCUGUCAGGGUUCAGUGUGUUAGACCUCCGCAGCCCACCUGCUCCUAGCGCCUGCCCCCCAGUACUAACGUGUUGAGCACACCACACCUCGGUGCUAUGACACUCUGAACUAUAUGCUGUCAGUUUGAUGCUAAUGUACUCAAACCGUGUGAAAUGAUGACAAUAUGUCAUAUACUCCAGAUGUGUUGUGAUUGUGUGCUUGUAUUCUCAGCUUGCUCUGAAUGAACUGAUUAAAAAUGUUGAAGCAGAA